AUGAAGCAACUAGACACAGGCAAAUUCAUUUCUGCUCUCAAAAAUGCCCCAUGGGAUUGUGCCUUUUUGUUCGAGGAUAUUGACAAAGUACUUGACACCUGGUAUGAUAUAUUCAAUUCCAUUAUCGAUGAAUAUUUACCAUUGCAACGAAAGCGUGUAAAACGUAAAGUCCAGCCUAAGUGGUUUACCAACAAUAUCUCACAAAAGAUAAAAAGCUGUGACAAAGCAUUAAAGAGAAGCCC